GUACAGGGCCCACAGUCCUUUCCAGCGCUCCUCUGCCAUAGAGACACCCCAUUUGAUUACUCGUUUGAUUCAUCAGUAUCUUACAGGCUUUGCCCAUCUUUAGAAAGAGGUGAGGUAUGAGACCGGGGCUGUCCAGGACGAGGGAUGGAGACCCAUGCCCUAGACUGUCCAUUCUGAUUUGGAGUCCACACCUGGAUUUUUCUGGGAAACUAUUUUAUUUCUAGUUUCAUUCUGCUUACGUGUCACAUCUUAUUAUUUAUGCAGUAUGAGUGUUGCGAAGGGAGUUCACAGGUCAUUAUGCAAGAGGAACAGAGAUGUUGAGGAUACAAGUGCUGUGCGGAAAUGUCCUUGUGAUAGGAUGAUGUUGUUUUCCUUUUUCUCAUCUUCAAUUGACUGUUUUUAAAGCCAGAAAGUCUCUGUUAUUGACAGAUGGCAAUGCAAUAAACCCUUUGUGAAUGUAGACUCCAGUUAUAAUAUAUUUAUUUAAUGGAGUGUCUACAACAUGCAGCUCCAACCCUCAAUCCAUCAGCUUUUAUUGUCAACCAUAAAAUCACCAACUUCCAGAGACUUUGAACAGCUCGAUUGUGAUUAAUUGUAGGUGGCUUGUUGAAUUAUGUAGUUUAGAGAUUCUUUUGACCAAACAUUUGGUGUGGCCACCAAGGACCAUAGUUCUGUCUAUAACUGAACACAUUACUUGCCUAACUGAUCAAUAGUUCACACAUAUUCCUAAUUGUAAGAAACAUUUGAUGAAGGGUGAUGUGUAAAACUAGACUGCUGGUCUAAAUUAUUGCUCUAUCAUUAUAAUUAGAGCAACACUGACAAAAAUAAUACGACUACUUUAGGUUGAAACGGACGUUAUCUAUUGAGAAAAAAACACUUUUCGCUGUAUUUUAACUUUAAAAUAAAGUACUAGAAGUCUAUUUGUGUCGAGGUCGGUGAAAUACGUGCAAUUCCGAGGAUCUUCAUUUCCAAAGCCUCCUGUUUCAAACAGUACAAGACAUGCGGUAAUGUCAUAAAUUAUAUGACAGCUGCUCUAGUUACCUGUCACCAGCGCACAUCCCGUCGGCCGCUUUAAGUUAAGGCUUUAUUAGUUUCCCUAAGGUGGACUCGAGGUUUUGCCAACUGUGUGGGUGUGUGUGUUUAUUCUACACCUACUGGCCCUUUAAGACGCUGACGGGGGUGGAGGAGGAUCAGGCUGGAACGCUGACGCCAAACGCGCUCAGGAAGCGUAGGAACCACAGAUUCCCUUAAAGCUUCCUUUUCCAACUUUCUGUUUCAACGUAUUUAUCGUUUUUAAAUUUAAGUUUCGCUGUUGUUAAUAAUGCUGGAUGGUCGCACUGAUGAGGUUCACCAAGGAUAUACGCCGGCUUCUGGGAAUCGGCAGCGACGGCUCCAGUGAGCAGACCAAGGAGAAAAUGGAGUAUGGAGGAGUGGGUCCACAGAGGAGGCCUGGAAAUGAGGCAAUUAUCCAGGGUUGCUCAAAGGGCAGUGGGUGAUGGCAAAGGAUCUGGUAAUGCGCCAAGGAGGGAAAGGUUUAAAAAGCGGGCUCGAGCCUUCAGGGUGGGAAAGCACUGUCUGCCCAGUGCUGAGAGCUUUGCAGUGUGUUCAGCAGGACGGCCUGAGCCCGGAGGAAGUGCUAAGCGAGGAGGAGCGAGCUAGGCGCAGAGCGGAGCGCCGCAGGGCCAAGAGGAAGCGACAGAAAGAGCGAAAGAAGCUGGAGAAAAUUAAGAAGAAUGAGGGAAACGGACAGGGGGAGGACGAGGAAGGAUGUGAGGACUCUGAGGAGGAGAGCGAGAGUGAGGAAGAUCAAGGAGAGAUGGUUGAGCUGGUCUCGCGCAGCAGGGGCAAGUCUGUCCCACCGCUAGCAGCCUCGGGGAAUAAGAACAACCACCAGCCCCGUCCCAGCCCCUGCGAAGAGGAGCCCGAGUGGGAUGUGAGCAGUGCCUUUGUCGCCAAUGCUGCCAGCCACAUCAGGAAGAAACCAGGCCGCAGGUCCAAGGAGAACAAAGAGAACGAAGCCGGAACGCGACAGGUGAAAUGCACAGAUGCAGUGGCUAAGAGGAGCACCUCAUUAGCAGAAAAAGGGAUCAAACUGGUACAGCGAGGACAGUAUUCUCACGCCAUCGACAUGUUUACAGAAGCUAUUAAACACAAUCCAAAGGAUCACAGGUUCUUUGGGAAUCGCUCGUACUGUUUCGAUCGUCUGGAGCAGUACCCCUCUGCUCUCUCCGACGCGGAGAGGUCUAUCCAGCUGGCUGCUGACUGGCCCAAAGGCUAUUUCAGGAAGGGGAGAGCGCUGCUGGGAAUGAAGAGGUACAACGAAGCAGAAUGUGCGCUGGAGGAGGUUCUGAGGCUGGACCAGGACUGUGAGGAUGCUGUUAACGAGCUGCUGGCCUGCAGAGUCCUGCAGCUCAUGGAACUGGGCUUCACAGAACAGCAGAGCGUGCAGCUCCUGGACAAGUUCACCACAGUGCAGGCUGUCCUGGCAUUUUUUCAGACUGGUAAAGUCUCGGGUGAAUUCGACACUUUACUGGACCAGCCUGAAAGCCAGUGUGCCUCUCUCUGGGUUGGUAAUGUGACCACCGAUUUGAAAGAGAAACAUUUGAGAGACAUCUUCAAAAGUUACGGAGAGAUCGAAAGCAUCCGAGUCCUCCAUGAACGGUUCUGCGCCUUUGUCAACUUCAAGCUAGCGCCCAUGGCGGCCCGGGCGAUGGAAGAACUGCAGGGGGUGGAGAUUGAGAAUACCAGGCUGGUGAUCCGCUACCCAGAACGCCGGCCUCAGCGAGCCCCGCCCUCCCCUCAGAGAUCGGCCCCCUCUGUGUCACUGUCAUCCUCGCAGCCAGUCACAACUGCUGGGUCGAGGCGUAGAAACCCUGUGAAUGGAGAUGAGUGUUACUAUUGGAGGACGACUGGUUGCCACUUUGGGGACAAGUGUCACUACAAACACAUUCCUGGACAGCGUGGGAGAGACAGGAGGCCUUGGCAGCCCUGAGACCUAGUUCCCUGGCGCCCUGGUGCCCUGGCCUUGGAGACGGCAGUAUCGGUGGGAGUGAGGCCUAGCGAGAGGAUGCUCUUGAAUUCAAAGUGGUUGAUCUUUUCGGUGUUUCUCCCAGAUCUCCAUGUUCUUCUGCUGGGUAAAAUCCUGUCCGUCAUUUAGCACUAAGAAAGGAAAGAGACUCUUGAGGAGAGACUCUGGCCAUUCAUGUUCUUCUGUCUUCUACAAAAAAAAAUGGUGACAUCGGCCUGAGUAUGAUUGGUUAUAUUCACACACAUGGAGAGAAUGGGCAUCUUGGCUGGAUACAACACAAAUGCCCAGUUUUUGGCUAGAACAAAACCAAAUGACACCAGCAGAGCAAUACUUAUGCUUGUGUCCAAACAUGUUUGGAUAUGUGAAUCUUGCAAACAAAGUGCCUUUUAUUCAUUUAUACACAUAUACCUGACCACAGAUAUUAGCCUGACAUUGUUGGCUAAUUUAAAACUUCCCUUCAGAGGAGACUCGUAAGGUGAUUGUUGUGCUGUGCAAAUGGUUUUAAUGGUUACCUUGGUAUAAGUAAAUAUUGUAUUUCAUGGUAUUUUUAAACUAUUUUAUAUGUUAGUUUUAAAAACAAUUUUUAUUCCAGUUCUUUCUCACUAGUCACUGUUCAGUUGGACACUUAUAGUGAACCCUGUGCUUGACUCUUGACAUUCGGUCUUCUAUUUGCACAAGUGUUAUGGCUUUUAAUACGUUUUGGUCCUUUUGAUUCCUUUUCUAAUGCAUAUCGCUGGAACGUGCCAAAUAAAAGCUGUCCAAUUUUAUUACCAGUUACUUUUCCUCUGGCCGAGAAGUGACCUUCUCACCCAUAUACGUGGCACUUUAAAACAUAUCUUUCACCAGAUUGAUUGUAGUGAAAAACUGUUUUUAUUGAAUUGUUUGCUCAUUAGAUAUUUAAUUGCGCUAGAAGCAAAAUCUCUCUAAUUUAUUCUGUUCUUAAGGUGCCUUUUGUCAUGUCUGAUCUCCUGAGACAUGGUUUUCCAACCCUGUUCCUGUAAGACCAGCGUGUCUAAGUCUCUAGAAAAAUUCUGCAGACCCAGAUGAGCCAGAAAUGAGCUGUCGUUAAAGGCUGAGUUGAAAUGAAAUGAGUUGAUUUACUGGGUUUGGUAACCUGCAUGCUAGAAUUAAUGUUAAAAGGUACUACACAAAAAGGAAUUGCACAAUGUGCAUUUUUUUAAAUCACAAGUUGUGAAAAUAUGAUAGAAAAUUGUAUUAUUUAAAGCAUUAGCUCUGACUUGACCAAAUUCUGUAUUGUUUUACCCUGACAAUAAGCAGGGACCAGUGCAGUAUUUUUCUGUUUUAUAAUAUGCAUUGCCACUUUUGAUUGGAUAUUAGGAGGUUUGAAUUUCUGCUUAGAGAAAGAGCCUUUGGGUGAUCUGAGUUACUGUGGUACUUACCUGCUAAGGACAAUCUUAACUUACUUGUUGCUGUAGUUCUCAGUUUGCACCACAUGAUGUCAGGAUACCAUUUCAGUGUCUUGGUGAACCUGCAGGGAGCAGAGUUCUGCUGCAGUUAAAUUAAAGGAACCAAGCAAAGCACUUUCAAAUGUGAGGUGACUGCCUCUCUUUAUCAGCAGCAUGAUCUAAUGCCACUUUAAGUCAUUUUUGCUAUUAGCAGCUUUUACAUGUGUCUUGCAUCAGUACUACAAUCAGAGGUUCUUAUAGAAUAGUAUAUUACACUUGGUUAAUGGAAAUCUGCAGCUUUAAUCAAUGGAACAGUCUUAGCAUGGUUUCCUUUAAUUUACCUUACAACCAUAUAACUUCACUACAAAACCAAAAACAAUAUAUAUUCAGCUUUAAAUGUCAGACUCAGAUUUAUUGCCAGAGACUCUGAAAGUUCUGCUUUUCCUAUAGCCCUUGUCUGGUUAAUCCUGACACUUUGCUGCAUCAUGUUUACUGUUUGCCUUUAUGAUGUCUGCUCUCAUUACUGCUUUUUAUUUUUUUGCUCAUUCAUCUUUUACUUCUGGAUGUGAAGUGUUACAGCAGUUGCUGAAAAAGUCCUGAUUCAGCUUUGUAAUAGUCCAGUGUCCCCAAGGUUUUUCUGAGCUUUGAUUUACUCUGCUUACAUGCAAAUUGUGGAAAGUAUUAGGAGACAGCACAGAAAACUGAAAGGUCUCUGACCUUACCAAAUCCUAUAUUGUUUUACCCUGACAAUAAGCAGAAUGUCACCAAUAAGCAGACAGACACCAGUUUCAGACUUUUAAUUCAAAGUCAAAGUGAAAGAAAACUUUCUUAGAUUCAUUUACUUCACAGCCCAGCUGGCUGGAGGGUAUCAGUGAGUGAUGUACAAGGAGCUGGGUUGUAAUGAAGUGGGUCGCUUUCAGAUUUCACCGAGACACUUUCCUGAAUGCAGUGGCGCACCGUGUGGUCACCAGCUCUUCAAUGAAUCAUUUGCUUUGCUUAAAAUUUGAGUGCUUUGCUUAAAAUGACUGACAUAAAACUCUUUUGCUAGAGCCCCACAGCUCUGUCAUGUGCUCCAGACCGUUAAGUAGCCUUUUAGUCUUAGUUCAAGGUUCGUUAUAGCAGUUUUAAGUUAGUGUGGAUCUUACAAUGUUAUCUCAAAGACGGAGUACAAACUAUUUUGCAUUAGCUGAACAGUCACAUGGGAUUGAUGUAAAUAUGGAACAUAUCCCCAAAAAGGGAAGCAGUAACACUUCAAAGGGUAAAGUGACAGCACCACAGUGUUUUGAAUAUCAUUUGCACAUCUUCACUGCUCCGUUUUGGAGUCUUUAAAAAUAUUUAUUUACUAUUUUUAUUUAUGUUGUUAGGGAGCCUACAGAAAUAUUGACUGGGGUCUGCUGUUCUACACUGUCCUCUUGUUGGCUGAUGAGGCGAUACUUGUUUUCACACUGGAGUCAUUUUCAAAGCUAAUGGUCCUUAAUUAAUGUUUCCCUCCCCUGAAAACCCAGAACAUCAUAUGGCAUUUCACGAGCUUCUGGAAAAUGUGGUGAAGAAUAAUUUAAUGUUAUUUAGACCUGAGCAAUAUAGAUGGUAAUUGACAGUAAAGUGGAUGAUUGCUGCCUUAGCACUGACUGCUGACAGCAAACAAGUGCUUUGCCUUAAGAGAAGAACUUGACUCAGGUUAGGUCUGCAUGUUAGUUAUUUAUUUAAUCUAUUUGUUAAUAGACAUGUUAAAUGUUCCUUAGGCAAUUAAUGGGGAGAAACAGAAAACUGAAAAUUGUAUAAGAUGGUGUUGAGGAGAGCUGCUGAGUUUUAAAAAUAAUUUUUAGCCCGACUUGUUGAGUCACUUAAAAUUACUGUCAAGUAAUUUACUUUUCAUAUUUUUGACUCCAGACCUUGUUGUAUGAGUCAGCUUCCUUCCCUGCUUUUUAUGCCAGUGGCUGUGUUAGCAUUCUAGUCUGCCUGAAUCAAGUGCUCAGACUGCGAAGUGGUUUUCCAACAGGGGAGAUCUGAUCCAAAUAGUACAGCAUUAUUGCAUCACUUUGGCAUUAAUGUCCAGCUGUUUACAGUAUGAGAUGUAAGGCCUUAUCCUUAAAGACAAAAUGGGCUCUGGGACUAAUACUCAACAGCAUGGCCUUUCCGAAGGAUAGCUGAAGGAUUCCAGUUUCUCUUUUUUGAAACCCCAGAACGCUUGGUGCUUCGAAUUGAGAGGACAGUGCAGAUCAUCACCACAGGUUGGCAGUCAAAUCCAGGGUCAGGGCCAGAUGGGAGGUGUUUACUGUCCCAUGCAAAUUGGCAAUUCUCUGUGGUAUCGGGGUUCCCCGUCUCUCAUUACUAGACCUUGGAAAACUCUUGUUUCUUGCCUCCUGUGCUCUGUAUUGGCAGAGCUAGCUGCUCUUCAAGGGCAGGCAGAAUGAGUCCUGGUUGCUCUGGAGUUUUCCUGGUGGAGGUGGGUAGAUGGUGAAUAUUCUGGGGAAAUGAGAAACCAGAUUUCUCAAAUUUCAAACUGCACAGCAGUGUUUUGUAAAUAACUGUUGCACUUUUUCUUCCUUUACCUUGCAAUUGUUAUUAUUAAGGUAAAAGUUUUUGACAUUGCAUUAUUUGUGCUCUGCAUGUACUGUAAUAUCAUAUGGCUCUGGAUUUUACUGUGACACACUACUGGUGUCUUCUCAAUAGAUAAGGGUGACUUUUUUUUUAAUUUCUCAGCCAUCUGUCCCAAGUGUUUGUCUAAGUAUGUUUAUAUUUUAAGGUGGUUUGUGGUAAGGGGUUGCAAAUUAUGUACCUUUUAAUCUAAGCACUGCAAUCCUCUAUUCCUAAACGUUUUUUAAUCAUGUUUGUGUUGUUGCACUGUUACCAAAGAGUGCCAUAAAUAGUGUAUUAAAUCUAUUUUAAUCUCA